UCUGACGCAUGUUUACGAAUAAAGAGGAAGCAGGACUUAUGAACCGUUAACUCAAGCCAUGGCUUCUUCCAAUAACACAGUCGUGUGGUGGUACCUCAUGAGUAUAUUCAUGUGGUGCAGUGUUUGGUUGUGUCCCCUCAAGGUUCAAACGUUUCCUGCGUAUGAUUAUCCUCCCCGUGGAAGCCAAGACAAGAGCCUAGAUUACAACUUCUACGGCACGACAUGCCCUAACUUGCUCUUUAUUGUUCGUUCUGCCGUCUGGUCUGCCAUCAACAACGACCCCAGAAUGGCUGCCUCCCUCCUUCGCCUUCACUUCCACGAUUGUAUUGUCAAUGGAUGCGAUGGAUCAGUACUGCUGGAUGACACGGAGGACAUGAAAGGAGAAAAGAACGCCGGCCCCAACCAGAAUUCCCUCCGAGGAUUUCAAGUCAUCGACUCCAUCAAAGCCCGCCUCGAAACCUACUGUCCCUCCACUGUCUCCUGUGCCGACAUCCUAGCCCUCGCUGCCAGAGAAGCUGUCCUCCAGGCUGGAGGGCCAUCUUGGCCCGUUGGAUUAGGCCGCAGAGAUUCUGUCACUGCAAGCAUGGACGCGGCCAAUCGGCAGAUCCCCACACCUUUCGAGCCUCUUCAAAACAUCACCGCCAAGUUCACUUCCAAAGGUCUUGACUUGAGGGACGUCGUUGUGCUCUCAGGAGGACACACCAUUGGAUUUGCACAGUGCUUCACUUUCAAAGGGAGGCUCUUCGACUUCGAUGGGUCGGGCAAACCGGAUCCGGGGAUGGAUUCGGCUCUUCUCUCGGGUUUGCGGAGAAUGUGUCCCAACAGAAACUCUUCCAAUAGGAACCUGGCUCCUCUGGAUGCUGCUUCCUUUUCCAGAUUCGACAACGCCUAUUACACCAACCUCGUCAAGAACUCUGGCCUCCUUCAAUCGGAUCAAGUUCUUAAGGCAGAUCCCGCCACUGUUAAUCUGGUGAAUUACUAUAGUCUCGACCAGUUCGCCUUCUUCAUUGACUUCGCUGCCUCCAUGGCUAAGCUCAGUAGUGUCGGGGUUCUCACGGGCCAGAAUGGCCAGGUCAGACUCAAGUGUGGUUCCGUUAAUCAAUAUUAAAAACAGAAGCCUCUCUAUUUGAUCACUUGAUUGUGUAUAGUAGUUUAAUACACACACACACACUCACACUCUGCUGGGUAGAUAAUUACCCAUCACUUUGAAUACUGCUGGUGGAGUAGCCUUCGUGUGCUCGACUCUGUAGAAAAUUAAGUGCUUCAUCAGGGUACCAUAAAAGGCCCUGUUAAUUAACUGUAAUAUAAUAUACAGCCGUUGUGAUCCGUUGCUAGCUAAAUGGGGAGUUUUAAUGUAAUAUGAAAAAUCGAAUUAGUCAAACUAGUAUAUUAUUAAAUCAA